AUGGCUCUAUCUAAUGCCCCCAACGUCACCAAUGCUCUGCGGUUCACCCCCGAGGGCUCGUUCAAGAUCUCGCUCUUCUCCGACCUUCACUAUGGAGAAUCAACAAACACCGUGGGGCCUCCCCACGACGCCCACACGGCCGACACGAUGGCGCAGAUCCUCUCCGCCGAGAAUCCCCAGCUAGCCGUCCUAAAUGGUGACCUCAUCACCGGUCGCACAAAACCCGGACCCUCCAACUCCAGCCUGUAUAUCGACAGCCUUGUCGCUCCGCUCACCGAUCGCCAUGUUCGCUGGGCCUCCGUCUACGGCAACCACGAAAGCGACCGGGGCCUAUGUCCCGAUGAUCUCCUCGAACGGGAGACCACCAACUACCCGCACGCCAGCCUGACGCGGAAGAUGGUCGACGAUCCAGACGCAGGCAUCACCAAUUACUACCUCCCUGUGUGGUCGUCCGAGAAUAACAACAACAACAGCUCUUCCAUCGCGCCCGAGCUCAUCCUCUGGUUUUUUGACUCGCGGGGCGGACAGGCGUGUGAGGAGGCGGAGCGCCCGGGCAGUCGGCGGCCAAAUUGGGUAGACGACUCGGUCGUCCACUGGUUCACACAAACCCGCGAGUCCCUCCAGGAGAAAUACAAUCGCACCGUCCCAUCCCUAGCCUUCUUCCACAUUCCGACCUACGCGAUGCGCGCGUUCCAGGAAGCCAGUGUCGGGGGGCCCGCUGCCCCGGGCCUCAACCACGACAUCGUCAAGCAGCAGGGGUACAUGCCGGGGGUGCAGGACUACCGCGAGCAAGACUAUGCGUUUAUGGAGGCACUGCUGGAUACGGACGGGCUGAUCGCGACGUUUAGUGGACAUGACCACGGGAAUGAUUGGUGCUUCCGCUGGGACAGCCAACUCCCCUACAUGAACCUCACCGGAAACGGCCUACACAUGUGCUACGGUCGGAGAACCGGCUACGGCGGGUAUGGGGGGUGGGCGCGCGGCGGACGGCAGAUCGAGCUGCUGCUGCAAGACGAGGGCCCACCGCGGCUGGACACCUGGGUGCGGGUGCAGGAUGGGACGGUCGGGGAGCGCACCAGCAUCUAUUCGAGUUCGGAUUCGAGCUCGACCACAUCGCAGGGGUCGGAGUAUCUAGGGACGAGUGCAGCGGUGAAGCGGGAGCGGUGGUUCGUUUUCCGGUGGGUGAUGGUUUGGGUGGCUGCGGCUGGUUGGUUUGUCGGGGGAUACGAUAUAUGA